AUGGAGUCCCGCUUCCAAACUUUGCAGCGGGAGCUGCAGACCGAGGUGGCCGCCUUCCAACAACUGCAGCAAGGCGUCCAGCAAAACCACCGCCUCAGGCAGCAGUCGCUGCAGCAGCAGCACGAGAACGAGAUGGUGCUGCAGGAGCUGGCGCUGCUGGCGGAGGACGCCAACGUGUACAAGAUGAUCGGGCCGGUGCUGGUGCGGCAGGACACGCUGGAGGCUCGCGCCAAUGUGGGCAAGCGCCUGGAGUUCAUCGCAGGCGAGCUGAAGCGGCUCGACACCCAGCUGCAGCAGCUGGAGGAGAGGCAGGGCAAGAAGCAGGCGCAGCUGGUGCGCAUGCAGCAGGAGCUGCAGGGCGCGCAGCAGCAGCAGCAGCAGCAGCAGGCGGCGGCUGUGGGCGCGGCCUGA